AUGGCUGCCACUACAUCCGUCCCCACCUCCAACCAGGUUCUGGUUCCGGAGACCCUCCUCAAGAAGCGCAAGUCUCAGGAGAAGGCUCGCGCUGAGCGCAACUCGGCCACCGAGAAGCGCAAGGCUGCCAACAAGGAGAAGCGUGGUGUCAUCUUCAAGCGUGCUGAGAAGUACGUCAAGGAGUACCGCGACGCAGAGCGCGAGAAGGUCCGCCUCUCCCGCGUUGCCCGCGAGAACGACUCCGCCUACGUUCCCGCUGAGGCCAACCUGAUCUUCCUCAUCCGCAUCAAGGGUAUCAACAAGAUCGCCCCCAAGCCCCGCAAGAUCCUCCAGCUCCUCCGUCUCCUCCAGAUCAACAACGGAGUCUUCAUCAAGAUCACCAAGGCCACCACCGAGAUGAUCAAGAUCAUCGAGCCGUGGGUUGCCUACGGUUACCCUAACCUCAAGUCCGUCAAGGAGCUUGUCUACAAGCGCGGUUACGGAAAGGUCAACAAGCAGCGCGUCGCUCUUACCGACAACUCCAUCAUCGAGGAGAACCUCGGCAAGUAUGGCAUCGUCUGCAUGGAGGAUCUCAUCCACGAGAUCUACACCGUCGGCCCCAACUUCAAGCAGGCCUCCAACUUCCUCUGGCCCUUCAAGCUCUCCAACCCCACUGGUGGCUUCCGCCCCCGCAAGUUCAAGCACUUCAUCGAGGGUGGUGACCUUGGCAACCGCGAGGAGAAGAUCAACGCUCUCAUCCGCCAGAUGAACUAA